AUGGUCAGACUUACCGAGGUUGAAGACGAGCACUUCACCCAGGAGAAGCCUCAGGCCUCCAAGGACAAUGUGCUUCUUGCGACGGACGACGAGGAGGAGGAUUUUACCGACACUGAAUCCGAAAUCUCCAACGAUUCCGAAAUCGAAGUCGAGGGCGAGACCCUCGGCGACCGUAUCAGCGCCUUGAAAGACAUUCUUCCUCCCUCCGCCCGCCGCCAAUUUUCCUCCUCCGUCUCCUACAUCUCCUCGUUCACAAAGUCCAGCGUUCUGUUCAGUGGUCGGGCACUGUGGGUUAUCAGCACUACCGCAUUCUUGCUGGGUGUUCCGUGGGCGCUUGCGUAUGCUGAGGAGGAGCAGUACGUGCAGUUGGAGCGGGAGCAGGGUAUGAUUCGGGGAGCUAAUGAGAUGCUCACGCCUGGCGGUGAACAGCAAGCCAAGGAAGCUCAACCUACCCUGUAA